AUGGCUUCUUCCUCCUCCUCCUCCCCAGUCGCCCUCCGCGGCGCCGCCAGCUUGGCCGUGCUGCUGGCGGCUGUGUGCCUCGUCCACGCCGGCGGGGCGGCGGCGGCGGACCUGUGCGUGGACUACUACGACUGCACGUGCCCGGACGCGUACAAGAUCGUGCAGGGGGUGCUGGUGCAGGCGCACAAGUCGGACCCUCGCAUCUUCGCCAGCCUGAUCCGGCUCCACUUCCACGACUGCUUCGUGCAGGGCUGCGACGGCUCGCUGCUGCUGAACACCUUCAACGGGAUGGAGACGGAGCAGGACGCCAUUCCCAACAAGGGCUCGGCGCGCGGCUAUGACGUCGUCGACGCCGCCAAGGCCGCCCUCGAGGCCGCCUGCCCGGGCGUCGUCUCCUGCGCCGACAUCCUCGCCAUCGCCGCCCAGAUAUCGGUCCAGCUGUCCGGAGGACCCGGGUGGAGCGUGUUGCUGGGGAGGCUGGACGGCUUCACGUCCAACUUCUUCGAAGCCGGGAAACUACCAAGCCCGUUCGACGGCCUCAAAAACCUCAAAGAGAAGUUCAGAAACGCCACGCUCGACGAUACUACCGACCUCGUCGCCCUCUCAGGCGCGCACACUUUCGGCCGCGUGCAAUGCCAGUUCGUCACGGACCGGCUGUACAACUUCAGCGGGACGAACCGGCCCGACCCGACCCUCAACCCGGGCUACAGGGCCUUCCUGUCCCAGCGAUGCCCACAGAACGGCGACGGGAGGUCCCUGAACGACCUCGACCCGACGACGCCUGAUAAGUUCGACAAGAACUACUUCACGAGCCUCGAGGUGAACCGCGGCUUCCUCCAGUCCGACCAGGAACUCAAGUCAGACCCACUCGCGGUGGGGACGACGGCGCCGAUCGUCGACCGGUUCGCGGGAAGCCAGGACGCCUUCUUCAAGGCCUUCGCGAAUUCCAUGAUCAAGAUGGGGAACAUCAGGGUGAUAACGGACCCCUCCAAGGGAGAAGUCCGGAAGCGCUGCGCAUUCGUCAAUUGA